CCCGUCCCAUACUGUGGUGUCUGCACUUCUGCACAGAUUAACCUCGCUUUUGUCGCAGGGCCACAAAGAGGAGGCCCCUCCCCUGCUGCUGAGCCGGGGCUUUCAGCAUGGCCCCCUGCCAGGGGAGGCUUUAAAAGGGUGGGGGCACCCAUGAACCUCUCACUCUCACAUCAGGACGUCCCAACAGCACCAAAGCAAAGACAUCAUGACUCAUCACUGCACCAAGUUCUCCGGCCACUGGAAGAUCAUUGUCUUCGACGAGGAGUGCUUCCAGGGCCGCCGCCAUGAGUUCACCUCUGAGUGCUGCAACGUGAUGGAGUUCGGCUUCGAGACCGUGCGCUCCCUGAGGGUGGAGAGUGGAGCCUGGGUGGGCUACGAGCACGCCUCUUACCAGGGUCAGCAGUUUGUCCUGGAGAGGGGAGAGUACCCUCAGUGCGACGCCUUCGGAGGCAGCAACGCCUACCACAUCGAGAGGAUGACCUCCUUCAGACCCAUCGCCUGUGCUAACCACAGAGAGUGUCGUAUGACCAUCUUUGAGCGUGAGAACUUCCUGGGCCGCAAGGGAGAGCUGAGCGAUGACUACCCCUCCCUGCAGGCCAUGGGCUGGUGCAACAACGAGGUUGGAUCCCUCAAGAUCCAGUCUGGAGCCUUCGUGUGCUACCAGUACCCCGGAUACCGUGGAUACCAGUACAUCAUGGAGUGCGACCGUCACUGCGGAGAGUUCAAGCACUUCAGGGAAUUCGGCUCCCACUGCCAGACCCCUCAGAUCCAGUCCAUCCGCCGCAUCCAGCAGUAACUCCCAUGUGACCCUUUCCCUUUGACCCCUGCUGCUGAAUAAAAUGUCUUUCUUAAACACAA